AUGCUGCUUUCUCGCAAGUUUCUUGCGGUCUCACUGCUUUUGACAGGCUCUGCCGUUGCUGAUGACGCACGAUCAAGAGCUCAGGAUGCCCUGAAGACCCUCCAGACAUGGUAUAACCCCCAAAGUGGCAUUUGGGAUACCUGUGGGUGGUGGGAUGGUGCUAGUUGUAUGACUACCGUCGCAGAUUUGGCUGCUCUGGAUCCCUCUGUGAUGGAUACGGCGACUUAUGUCUUCAACAACACAUUCCACGUGGGGCCGGUGUCAAACCCGGCACCCGGUCCCGAGAAGAAGACCGUAUUUACCCGCAACAGCCAGGGUUCCAACGAUGUCAAUGUCACGCAGUGGCUCGACCAAGCAUACGAUGAUGAUGGAUGGUGGGCCCUGGCAUGGAUUGCUGCCUAUGAUGUCACUAAGGAGCAGACAUACCUGGAACUAGCCGAGGGCAUCUUUGAGAGCUUGGCCGCAGCUUGGGGUACCAAUUGUGGUGGUGGUGGUAUUCCAUGGAACCCCACAAGCACCUACGUCAACUCGAUCACGAACGAAGUAUUCCUCUCCGUCGCAGCACACCUAGCCAACCGAGUCCCAGACCGAAAGGAAUAUUAUGUGCGCUGGGCACAGAAAGAAUGGGACUGGUUCACCUCCCAGGACUUCAUCGGUGAGAACGGAACCAUCAACGAUGGACUAUUGGAGAACUGCCAAAACAACAGAGCUACAGUCUGGUCUUACAACCAGGGUGUUGUACUCGGCGGUCUGGUCGAGUUGAACAGAGCUGCAUCCAACAACACUCUGCUGCCAUCUGCCAACAAAAUUGCCAGAGCGGCCAUUGACACACUAGCCGACUCCAAUAUGGUCAUUCACGAGUUCUGUGAGCCGCAGUGUCUCCCCGAUGGGACACAGUUCAAGGGGAUUUUCAUUCGCAACCUGCAGAUGUUGCAGAAGGCAUCCCCGGAUGAGACCUAUCGGAAGGUUAUUAUGAACAGCGCGAACAGCAUCUGGCAGAACGACCGCGACGAGAAGGGUGGACUGGGUGUCAACUGGGCUGGCCCCAUCCAAGCGACAGUGGAUGCAUCAACGCAUAGCUCAGCACUUGAUGCGUUGGUUGCAGCUCUUUCCCUCAAUAUUCUUCUCUAG